GCGAAGCAAGAGAGGUCUCUGCUAAAGUUUCUUCCGUUCUACUGCUUGGCGAAUUGCUUGGCCGAUUCACGUGCUGGUUUUGGUUCUUUCGCAAUCUGGUGAUUGUGGAAGAGUGAAUUACUAGUACAUCAGUUUUAGGAGUUUCCGUGAAGAAGUAGAAAAACCUGUAUGAUCAUACGGAUACCGAUAUUAUCUAGAAUCUGAGUUACAUUAUAGCUUCACAACAAGAAAAAAUGACAGACGAAACCCCGAGUCUCUUCGGUGACCUGCCGCAACUGAUGCAGCCAGUACCUGUUAGCUGUAGUGUGCGAGGACUGUGUUUUUCAUUGUAUGUUGUCAGCAUGAUCCUGUACAGUGUGACCCAGAUCAUGAAUUUUACUUAAAUUUGUAUGACUUUUUUUCCCGUAGUUCUUGCACAACCUCCGUGUAAUCAUGGAAAACACUUUCUUUUUCCUUCCCGUUCCCAGGUGAUCCAGCACCCUCGUCUGCAAGUUGCGUACGCGGUGCAAACGAAUUUCACUGACUACAAGCCCAAGCCGAUCCAGCUGAAUUCCCUGCCGACGAGGUUUUCGCUGGUGAACGAUAACGAUGACCCUUCUGCCCACCUGCCACCCAUUGUCAAGCUCACUUCCGCCACAACAAACGCCGGAAACGCGCCAAAUCUCCUCACGAACCUGCACCCGCAGCCGCACACCAUCAACACGGGGGAUGACGAGAUCGACGCGAACCUACACACGAUACACGGCGUCGGCAUGGCCGCGAGGGAAAACAAUCUGAUGCAGCUACGUGCUGGAAAGAGAGAGGAAUUACUAUAACAAGAACAAUAAUUCUCGGCGGGGCACUUGGCAUUGCCAUGCCAAUCGUCUUCUGGAUUUGCAGCUUCCACAAGAAGUAGUCGUCAAGACUUUGGUCGUUGGCUAUACACUGGGGUCGAUCAUACAUAAGACUCCCGCGGGUUCUUACGCGUUUUGUUUUUCCUUUUGCUUUAUUUCCACGGGAUAGCAAUUUCGGGCGUCGCUGGAAAAGGCGCAGGGGAUAUCCGACCACCACGCGCACCACACGAUUCGCACCUCGAUCUCGCAGAUGUCGUCGCAGCACCACUUGAUCCCGUUGCACGAACAGAUAACAAAAGGGUCUAAAGGGUCCAAGCCGGUGUCAGCAGAAAUGGAACGGAUGAGCGAGGUAUCAAAUGUAGAAAUGUCUGGGUCUGGAAGAUUCUGAGACUUGUCAUGCAUGUUUUGCAUUGGCCAUGAUGUCUGUGAAGCAUGCCCUAGCGUCACAGAUUUUUUGAAUGCUUCGCGAUGCCUGUUCCGCAUGACAAAUGCCCUCUCCGCGUAGCAAAAAUUGCAUUGCCUUUGCUGCUCAUCAUGCAAUACACAUUUUUCGGAAUCCAAAUUCAGCAUCACAAGUUGCAUUCUUCCAGACCCAGACAUUUUUACAUUUGAUACGAGGCGACGAGGGGCACCUUGAGCGGAAAGUCCAUGUAUGAUUGGGAGAAGAGCACCGGCGACACUGACAUAGUCACCAGAUUGUUUCUAUGGAAUGUAAAAAUGUCUGGGUCUGGAAGGGUGCAACUUGUGAUGCUGCAUUUGGAUGCUAAAAAAAACCUGUAUAUAUUGCAUGAACAGGAAAAGAGGUCCACUUGUUGCUACGCAAAGAGGGGAUUUCUCAUGCGGUAGGAGCAUCAGAAAGCUCUCGCAGAAUCUGUGAUGCUAGGCAUGCAUCACAGACAUCAUGCCUCAUGGAAAAUAUGCAUGACAAACCUUGUACUCAUCCAGACACAGACAUUCUUACAUUUGAUAGUUUCAGGCGGUAUUCGCUCCAAACAUAUAAUACGCAACAACCUUGAUCUACUGUUCGGACGAAAUAGAAGCUUUUCUGUUUCUCACCUCCCUCUAAUCUUGUGCAUCUGCGUAGGUAGCUCCUAUCUAGAUGUGUGUGUCGUGAUGCAAAUUGUUGUUUUCAAAUACAAAACAGAAUGACAGCGAUAGAGACGGCAAUAUCACGUGGAAUAAGGGGGAGAUCACGGCCUUCGCCAAACUGGUGUUUGAUGCAUAUGUACUAGAGGCAAACCAGCACAAGGACCGACACCCACACCCGAAAAAAGUUGCUGCUGCGAGUCAGUUUGCAUUUAUCAGUUCCGAUCACAGUAAUUGUGACGGUCUUGUGUAUAGGUCUUGUUUGUAAGUAGGCACCAGCACUGAUUAUUCAUCGGCGAUAUCUGCCGUGCAGCCGCGUGGGAGAAGCUUGAGACUCGUUCCACAACUCUCGUCAACAUCUGUAUAAUUUCAGCUCUUGUUGUGAACUCAGACAACGGCAGUGAAAAACUACAGUGUUGGGUGACUUAGUAUUUCUUGUCUCCUUUUCUUUUCAUACUUCGACGUGCCAAUCCCUGCGCUGACAAAUACUCAGUGGUACUAGAGCAAACAGGUUAAUGUUUUGAUUGCUUGAUGUCCUCCUAGGCGGUUAUAGUUUUGAUUUGCGUUUCGUUUUUCGUUUUCCUGCUGCUGCCUGCAUCUUCAUGGGUACCAUGGAAACAAUAGGCAAAAGAGUAUCACCACUUUCACAACAGGUACCUCCUGUACAAGGAGUUUGACGAGGAGGAUCGGUACAAGCUGACACUAAAGGAGGCGAUGAAGUAUUACAGUGAAAAGUGCCCCCCACCCCUAAAUUGCAAAAAUUUGUGAUGCGAAGUUCCCAAAUGAAAAUUUUUUGUCAUACAUGAAAGGAGUAUGAAUCUUUCUGAUGCAGAAUGUAGGCGUGUAUCGCAUCGCUUGCAUGAAAAGUGCCGCUCUUGCUGGGGUCUUUUGCAAUACAAAUUUUAGCUAUUCGCGAUUGAAAUCCUGUGAUGCUGAUAGAUGCAAGAGGGCGAAUGUUUCAUUUGGAAAGGUUUGCAAUACAAAUGCUCCCAAGUUCGGGGGUGGGGGCAUUUUUCAUUGUAAUAUGAAGAUGGCCCAAUUUAUCCACACCAAACAAGUGAACAACGACAUGGACUUUGCCAACGCCCUGAUCCCCGCCUCCUACCGCGGCGCGAGUGUCGGCACGCAACAAAAAGUCGCACAGGAACUCGGUGAUGUUGCGGUCGGGCGGGUCGUGUAAGAUAUUUUUAUAUUUUUCGCGGCACGAUUCACUUUCACAGGAGCUAGACCUACCUUGAGGUCGUGUACUAGGUACAGUAGAAAAUGCUUUUGGCGAGACGUAAUCUCGACUUGAAAGAUUGAUGGUUCAGGUUCAAAUGUGGCACUUAAGAGUCCAAGCAACUUCGUUGUCACGACCAGAAUAAUCGUCGAAAGUAGAAGGCAAAAAUGAUACGUGGAGGCAGGAUCGCUUGGUUGUCGACGUUUCCUGAAGAUGUACAAAUAGAGGAUAAUUAUGGAACAAUAUAGUCAAGACCG